CACUAUGAGGUCCUCGAGAUGAAGCCCGGCGCCAGCGCCGCCGAGCUCAAGCGGGCGUACCGCAAGUUGGCGCUCCAGCACCACCCAGACAAGAACAACGGCUCAGACACGGAGCGCGCCGCGGCGCAGAAGCGGUUCGUUGAGGUGCAGCGUUCGUACGACGUCCUCUCGGACGCGUCGGCGCGCGCGCGCUACGAC